CAAAAUGACAAAUUAAAAAAGCUUUUAUUUUUCGUAUAUUGGUACGAGAUUUUAUUGAUUGUUUUCUUUCAUAAAAGAUUUUCGGCCAGACGGCGACUGAAAUUGCAAGUUUCUGUGAUAUAUUUAUUUUCAAUAAUUAACUAUUCUUAUCAACCAAUUAAAUGAGCAGGGAUAUCAAGUUAUGUCUAUAAGUAAUGGAAGGUUCAGAACUGGGUGGCGACCAGCAAUUCUGUUUGAGAUGGAACAAUUUUCAAGCAAAUAUAACUUCUCAAUUCGAGGCACUACGCGAUGAUGAGGACUUUGUGGAUGUCACCCUGGCAUGCGAGGGACACAGGCUAGAAGCCCACAAAGUGGUUCUUUCGGCUUGUAGUCCGUAUUUCAAGGAAUUGUUUAAAAACAACCCAUGCCCUCACCCUAUAAUAUUCAUGCGCGACUGUGAGGUGUCGCACGUGCGUGCACUCCUUCAGUUUAUGUACGUCGGGCAAGUUAACAUCGCUCAAGCGCAGCUCAGCGCCUUCCUACGCACUGCAGAUGCUCUUCAAAUUAGAGGCCUCACGGACUGCUCACAACACAACGACAAAAAAGCGAAUCGUAAAUCUCCUCCUUCCCAAUUACGUAAUUUGCUCAGCGCAAAGCCGUCACAUUCUACCUCCUCCUCCAAAGUCGCAAGCCAAAACGUCGAAUCGACCUCAGCUGACGACCAUGAUAAGAGUGCCAGCCGUCGUUCCACAAGAAAUUCUCCCGAUGUUGCCAGAAACAAUCUCAAUGAUGAAGCUCCAUUUCAAACUUCUAGUCAAAUGAGGCCUAAUAAUGAUGACUAUAGCGAAACAUGCUACCCUUCCUUAAGGGUUAAAACUGAUCUCGAAGCUGAAGUGAAAAAUGAAGAGAGUGAUAUUCUAAUGGAUCCAGGAGACUCCGAAAGAGGGGAGAAAUUACAAGAUUUCAAUGCAUCUGAUCUGUUGGAACCAAAAAUGGAAGUCGUUGAACAAGAAGGCAGUGAUGAAGAGCGCUCCAGUUUUCCUCCAUUGUACUAUGAGAAUAAUGCAUUGGCUAAUCCCUUCGCCGCUUUGCAAGGUAAUAUAGAUCUCAUGACAGGGAUAAGUGCAGAUCUUCGGGAAGAAAACACAGAAGCGAGCGGCGCGGGUGCGGGCGUGGGUGCGGGAGCGGGAGCGGGAGCGGGCGCGGGCGGCGGCGUCCGGUGCGCUGUGUGCGGGCGGCGGUACAGCAACGCGUCCAACCUGCGGCAGCACGUGCGGCUGAUCCACGAGGCACAGCCGGUCGCGUGUACCACCUGCGGGCGCAGCUUCAAGACUCCGCUGUACCUGCGGCGACACACGCUGGCGCAGCACCCGGCGCCACACCAUAAGCCGCCGCCGCCGCCUUUGCCCGCGCUGCGGCCCGCUCAGCGCUUCCAACAGUAGUCGAAAGCGAUUCACGCGCUCUCUCCUACUCGUCCUAGAGGAUCGCUAUCGGCGAGGACGUACAACGCUGUUGUCGCCUUUUCAUUACUAUUUACUAUUAAUUGAUAAGGGGUGGACCCCACAAGGAGACACUGGUAUAGAAUUUGCGUUAUUGUGGCCUUCAUGCGCGUCUAUUGUUCUUUUUUUUCGGCGAUGUUUACAGCAGUUGUAUCUCCACGUUCGACGACGUUGAAAUGUCUUACAACGUCGAAAUGAAGACUGUCUAUAGAUUUAUCUAGUCUGUGAUCGGAGUGUCGCCGGGGGCCUAUCUGCCGUCACACCUCUCCGCUUAUUGCGUGCCUUUCGAUAAAUAUACCGAGUGCCAGAUAUUCGUUACUUUAAUGAGGUUUUCUUAGUUCAUUAAUUAUACAACACGUACAUGCCUAAUGUAUAAUGAACAUUUAUAUGAAAUAUCGUAUCGUUAACCGUUCUUGCAGUGAUUAAAUAGCUGUGUGUAUAUAACGCUGUGGUUAAUAAUACGCUUAAAUAUUCAUAUUAAUAGUAAUAUUGCAUUUCAACGUUACAGUUUCAGCAAACCGAACACACAUUGUUUACACAUUUUAUAUUACAGUUAACCAUUUUCGUCACUUAUGGGGAAAAUGACAUGUAACAAUAGGGUAAAUCCAAGGCUUAGUCAGAAUUGAAAGUAGUGCGAGCAAUAAUGCUUAGUCAUUUACUUAUGGAUUGUGAUAUAUGACUAAGAGAGCCUCGUUGGGGAACGAAUAAACCUUAAUUUUGACAAUAGACUGAUUGUUGUUAAAGCAUUUGUUGCGACCGGUGCUGAUUUUAUAUAAUAUAGAUUAUUUACUGGUUACAUGUUAUACAUACAUAUACACUAUAUCCAUAUGUUGUUCAGUACUUUCGUUCGCGCACCUAGAGUUAAAUAAUGAAACUGUAUUUUCAUAAUAGAGUAUAAUUUUUUUGUACGACAACGCGCGAUAGAAAUGACUGAAAGAGUCCGUUUCAUUUGUCGAAUGCGCCAAGUUAUGUAACUUAGAUGAGAUGUAAGUUGGCGGUGAACUACAAUAGUGAUAUUUUUAUACACAAUAGCUUUAUCUUUACACGGUGUUAUAUUGUUGAGUGAUUGGACGGCUCCCGGUUCAUAGUUUGUACAAAAUCUCAGAUGUAAUGAAUAAUAUUAAAUGUCUUCAAAUUCGUAUAUUUAAUACAUAACAUUAGUUAUUAAAUGUUAUCAUUGAACGUUAUACACUUGCCAUAGUCUCUAGGUCCCUACAUGCAGUGACACAAAACUGGUUGUCAUUUCACAUAGGGAGGUACUUAGAUAAUAAUCGAGACUGUGUUAUUAUUUUCCAUUACUUUAAGAGUCGUAUGUCACCGCAGCGACAAAGUUUAACAAAUGAACAAAUCGCUAAUCUUUGCAGAUGACAGGGCCGUGAUAAAUUUUGUAGAGUCUGUAAUGAUUGACCAGUCAGUUACUUGUUUUUAUAUUUUGUCGCUGCGGUCUUACCUUAAGACAUUAGUUUUUGAUGAGUCGAUCGUUGAAGUCGUUUUAUUUUAUAGAUUUAUAUACAAUAUUUGCCAUGAAAAAAACACAUCUAGUCAUUUUGUAACAAAAGCAUUUAGAUGGGACUUGUCAUUGAAAGUAUGAUUAGGGUUGUGAAUUACAAUAUUUAUUUUUUUUUAUUUUAAAAUUAAUAUGUAGAUUUGUAAUAUUUUAAUACUAUGUGAUCUCAAUUUGAUUUAUUUGAUCUCUAAAUUAAACUAUCGCAUUUACUUUGUACUGUUUUGAAGUAAAAACUUCCAAUGAAACUUAAAUGCAAUAAUUGAUCACUCGCUACUUAUUAGUAAACGUAAUUUAAAGGAGCACUUGAGAAUUUCUUCGAAAUAAUUUUAGUCCCCUUAAUAAGUUAAGAAGCAGCUUCGUUAUUGUAAAGUUUGUAACGAAAAUAAAAUUAUUGUAUAGAUAAAAAUUGAAUCUCUUGACACUUACUUGCUGAAUUUAUAUAGGAUUUUAUGAACUUAGAAAUUUUAUCAGUAUGAUAGUAAUGUAAAUUUAAACAAAAUAAUAUUCGGAAGCAUUUCAUAAUGGUUUAAUAUUACAUUAUUUGAAUUUACUCGAAACAUAUUCUAUUGGCCACUAUUGUUAAUGUAGUAAUUAACUAAGCGCAAUUUUUUUGGUCUAUUUAAUUUAUUAAACAUAUUAGCCUCGCAAUCACUUUAUGCUGUACUUGUUUAUGGUUAUACAGAUCUCAAUCUUGUCGUAUUGUUUGAAAAUGUUUAAUUAUUGUUUACUCUUGUUACAUGCAAUUUCUCAAUACAAUAUAGAAUUCGAUAACGCUUUGAACUCAUUUAUAAAGUAUCAUCUAAGUACACGUUCCCAUCCAGCGUUAUGUUUUAUCUCAUAUAAGGUCCAUAAAUGAAAUGUUGAAUAUAAUUUAUUACUGCAUUAUUUCGUGCAACAUAUUAGGAUUUUGAAUCUUUGUACAUAAAUCAAUGUAAUUUUUUACUAAAUA